UAGGUGGCUCUACCCAGACGACAACAUAAAGAGAGAAAUUAGAAUCUGCCACUUCUGGACCCAGAUAAAUUGUACACUGCUGGAAGGGCGCGAUGGCUGUGGCCCUGGGUUGUGCAAUCCAGGCCUCCUUGAAUCAGGGCUCGGUGUUUCAAGAGUAUGAUACUGACUGUGAAGUCUUCCGCCAGCGCUUCCGGCAGUUCCAAUACAAGGAAGCAGCCGGGCCUCAUGAAGCUUUCAACAAACUCUGGGAGCUUUGCUGUCAAUGGCUGAAGCCAAAGAUGCGUUCUAAGGAACAGAUCUUGGAGCUGCUGGUGUUGGAACAAUUCCUAACAAUUCUGCCCACCGAGAUCGAGACCUGGGUGAGGGAACAUUGCCCAGAGAACAGAGAAAGAGUUGUGUCACUGAUAGAAGACUUACAGAGAGAACUUGAGAUACCAGAGCAGCAGAUCGAGAGGCAGGAAAUGCUCUUGGAAGAACUGGCACCCGUGGGAAUGGCACCCAUACCACCAAACAUCCACCUGGAGUCACCCCCACUCCAAGUCAUGGGACCUGCCCCAGAGGUCCCAGUGGCAGAGGCGUGGAUCCCACAGGCAGGGCCGCAGGAGCUGAGCUUUGGCGCUGCAGGGGAAGGCCAGCCCUUUCUGGACCCUGGAUAUCCGAUACCAAAACUUGAUGUGAGCUUUCCAUUGGAGCCUAGAGAAGAGGCAUGGGUGAAGGAACUACAAGAGUCCAAAGAAAUUAAACAAUUACUCGAUUCCAAGUUAGGGUUUGAGAUUGGGAUAGAAAAUGAAGAAGAUACUUCAGAAAAACAGAAAAAACUGGAGGAUAUGUAUCCAUUUAUUGUUACUUUAGAGGGGAAUGCUCUUCAUGGUCCUAUUUUGCAAAAAGACUAUGUACAGUUAGAAAAUCAAUGGGAACCACCCCCAGAGGAUUUACAGACAGAUUUAACAAAGCUGGUAGAUCAGCAGAACCCGUCUGCAGGAGAGAAACCUGAGAGCUCCAGCUUGGAAGAACCUCUCAACCCCAGGCCUCAGAAGAAAAAGAGUCCAGGAGACAAACCUCACCGAUGUUCCCAGUGUGGGAAAUGUUUUGCUCGGAAGUCCCAGCUGACAGGGCACCAGAGAAUUCAUUCAGGAGAGGAACCUCAUAAGUGCCCGGAAUGUGGGAAAAGAUUCCUUCGUAGUUCAGACCUUUACAGACACCAGCGACUCCAUACAGGGGAGAGACCCUAUGAAUGCACUGUGUGUAAAAAGCGAUUCACUCGGCGGUCACACCUCAUAGGGCACCAGAGAACCCAUUCUGAAGAAGAAACAUAUAAAUGCCUUGAGUGUGGGAAAAGCUUUUGUCAUGGAUCAAGUCUUAAAAGACAUCUGAAAACUCAUUCGGGUGAAAAACCUCAUAGGUGUCCUAAUUGUGGGAAGAGUUUCAGUAGGCUGACAGCUCUGACUUUGCACCAGAGAACUCACACCGAAGAAAGACCUUUUAAAUGUAAUUAUUGUGGGAAAAGCUUUAGACAGAGACCAAGUCUUGUUAUUCAUUUAAGAAUUCAUACAGGGGAGAAGCCGUACAAGUGUAGUCAUUGUUCUAAAAGCUUCAGGCAGAGAGCAGGUCUUAUAAUGCAUCAAGUCACUCACUUCAGAGGACUUCUUUAAGAAUUGUUAAAGUAAACAAGUCCUACAGAAAUUGACAGUAACUAAAAAAAAAAAUCUUAAACCUGCAGCAGCCUGUUUGUCUUGGAAGAAUCUUUCUUCUUUUUUUUUUUUUUGAAGGGAGGUGCUGGGGACUGAACCCAGGACCUUGCACAUGCUAACCACGUGCUCUACCCCUGAGCUAUACCCAUCCCCAGAGAAUCUUUCUGUUUGAGCUUAUAGGAACAGCUUUUUUUUUUCCUACUUUAAAAACCCAUCUUCCAAGACAUACAAGUUCUAGACUAUCCAUCUACUCUUGCAGCUUUCCUAGAUUUGAUUUAUCCUGUCUCUACAACUCUUUUUUUCUUAUUACAUUGAACAUUUCUGUGAACCAAGCCAACCAUAUCAUAAAUGUAAGCAUAAAACUGAUGGCAAUCCUUUGGAGUGUAGCAUUAAUAUAAUGGAUAAUCAUAUCUAUCUGACAUAUCUAUUAUAGCAGCGCCAUAAUUCUGCUGUCAUUAGUAAAGGUAAUUAAAUUAGUCCAAAGCUUUAUGUGUGCCCCAAGUGGCAAGAAAGGAGACAGUGUAUUUUGUCAAAUAAUAAAAAUGUGUUAGGAACACGUGGAUGAAGAGGAUGCCAUUUGCCUGGUAUGUACUGGGUUCUUUCCCUUGAAAAUUUUAUUUUUCGAGAAAUGUAAAUUUUAAUCUUUACUCUUGAACUUUGCAAAGUUUGCUAGUCUCCUUAGUUGACAGUCUGGGAUGAUGCCACUUAGAGCUGAGUAUUUGAUGAUUUAUAUUGUCCCCAGAAUGAGUCAGCUUCUGGUGGAAGAAUCCAUUUGACAGUUGAAGUCAUACAAGUAGAAUCUCAUUUAAUUUAGAUGGACUGAGGAACCAGCGUCCAUUGCCUUUUACUCUCCUCUGCUAUUUCAACUGUGUGUCUCUCAGUGCUUUUAAAUUUUACUCAUUCUUUAAUUCAGUGUCUCCCUAAGUGUGUGUCAUAGAACAUCUAGUUCUAGAAGAUGUUCUGCCAAUAAGUUUGGGAGUCCCUCCUGGCUGUCUCCGCUUUCUAGACUCACAGUGCUCAUCAGCAUAUGAGAAUUCCAAGAGGUCCUCCCGUAAAGGCGGAAAAAGCACCUCUUUUGGCUCAGUGUUUUACAAUCCUGUUUGACCCCAGAACCCUUUUUCAUGUAUACCCAGUAAUAACCCACAGAGCUAGUAUUCUGAAAAUAUUCUUUGGACCACACUGCCUUUAACAAAUAUUUCUCUAACUAUCCAUAUAGUCUUGUUGUUCCCAAGCCUAGUUAUCUCCAGUUGCUUCAAGGAUGUUAUGAGAAACUCUUUACACACGUAUAUUUUUUAUAUAACACACACAUCAUUUCAGGAGGUGAGGGUCACUAAUUCAGAUAUUUAUAAGUUGCUCAGUGAUUCUCAACCUCUUUGAAUUUUACUUAUAAUCUCUCUCUCUCUCACACACACACGUUGCUACUUAUAUAAAUGUUCUCAUAUAAUAGCAGUAAUGACUCAAGUUCCUAUAGCAAGGGAAGAACUCUCUUUAUCAGUUAAAACUGUUAAUACAUGAAAAUAUUCAUUCAGCCUAGUUCCUGUUAUAAAAUACAAGAAAUAGGACAUUCAAGUAUUUUCUUUUAUGAAGAUACCAGUCAUCCUUCCCUUAACUAGUGUUAGGGAAAGUAUAUUUUCUUCUAUUCCAUUGAAGUUCUUGGAAAUGAUAUUUAAGAUGAGUAUUUUGGAGGUAUCUACUAUGUGCCUAACUAGUCCUGUUCAAGGCUUAAUGGAAACUAGUAAAGAAAUUAAUUCAUAAAGGGUUUAUCAUAUGCUUAGUUAAACAAGAGUUGGGAAGCAAAUGGAGAACAACGCAAGAGAGUUUGUAAUUAAGUGCCAAAUCAUAUCAAGUGCUAGAGCCAGGGUGUGUCUUUAAUUUUUGUCAUCCAGGUCCCAGUCUGCUGCUGCUUUAAGUUGGGGGAUACAACUGAGAUCCCAGUAGCAAUAAACAUGGAACUUGGGAAGAGUCUGAAUGUAGAGAUGAAAACUACCGAAUGUAACGGCUUCUCUUUUCUCUCUUGUGGAAUUGCAUUCAAACCAGAACAGUGCCUUAGAAUGGAUGUGCCCAACUGCUCUGUAUCUAUGCAAUAUUUUAAUAAAGUGGAAACGUCUAUGCUC